AUCAUCAUACGGUUGGGAGGAUGGAGAAAAUGCAAUACAAUGCCUUGAUACUGACAAGAUAGAGACUAUAAAAGAUGAGAUGAAUGCUAAUAUCCCGGACAUGACAGUUUGCGACGAUUGUAUGGCCCGUGAGACAAGCUGUGGGAAUAUCCGAUGUGGUCUCCCCGAUGACUACCGCUGUGGGCUGAUCUAUUCCCCCGGAUACCCGACUGCAUUCCCUCCUUCCGUCAUCUGCCUGUGGACCAUUGAUGGUCCUCCUGGAAGCUACGUCACCCUUCUCCUGCUUGACGUUGAUUUGCCCGGCAACUCUGGAGGCGUCUGCACAAGUCGUGUGCUGCAGAUCAGAGAUAGAUUCCUAGCAGUAAGGUGGAACACAAUACAUGGGCUUUGUCGUGGUGAGGACGAACAGAAGCUCUAUGUUUCCAGCUCAAAUGACAUGCAGUUGGCCAUGCUGGCGACGAGUAACAGCGCUGAAAUUGGCGGCACUCGCGGAUUUAUGGCAACGUUUAACAUCAGCACUUUCAUCCCCAGCCGCCAGGUGGAUAAACUUCCUCAUGAUGCAGGAUUCAUCUGUCCAUGCGGUUGGCACUUGUUCCGCCGAAACUGCUACCAGACUUUCCGACACAACGUGCCGCUAAGCUGGGUUGAAGCAGACGUCAAGUGCCGCGAGUAUGGCGCCAACUUAACCAGCAUCGCACAUCUCCAGGAAAUGGAAUUUCUCCAUGUGCUUUUGGUCACCAACGUUGUAGUCAAACGUAUCGCUGACCCGAAGCUUUUCAUUGGUCUUCACGAUGUCAUCAGGAACCGAACCUUCGUGUGGACAGAUGGCAGUCCCGUGACGUUUACUGACUGGUCAUUAAUGGAUCUGAGAACCGGAUUCCCUCAACCAGACGGCGCCAAGCUUAACUACUGUGUUGCCAUAGUGAUGAAGAACGUCUGGGGAACUGACCAAUGGUACGAUGUGCCUUGCGAUCAGCAAGACACGCGGUCCUUCAUCUGCAAGCAGAAGGCAGAGCGGGUGACCCGUCCUGGGAACAAUGGGUGAAAACACAUGGUGUCUUGGGCAGGGAAUUUCGUGUUUUGCAUGACUUACGGAGAGGGUUUUGAGCUAGAAAUUAUGUCAAACGGCAAUGAAUAUGUUAUAUCUUAACCGAAACUUAGCGUAAGAUUCCGAGUGAAGCAGAGAACGUGAAUAUGGAUAAGGCUUUACGCAGAUGUUAUAUUAGUUAAUCAUGUUGGGAAUAUUGUAUCGAUCCAUGUUUUUUUUUAUUAGAUUAAGUUAUUAAUAAAGGAAAUAUAAUACAUGUUUAAAAUGCAU